GCGCCCGGGGCGGGGCGGGAAGGGCGCCGGGGGUGCGGGUCCCGCGGGGCCAUGGAGUGAGGCGGCUGGCGGCGGACUCGCGCUGGACCGACGGACGCCCCGACGCAGCUAGCGCCCCGCGGCCUCGGGCUCCGCGCGCUGGAAGAUGAACAGAGCAGACUCACCUAAACCACCAGUUGCUCCCAAGCCAAAGACUGCCGGUCCACUCACGCCAGUGACCAUACCUAAGUUCCCUACCUCACCCAGGCUGGAGAGUCUACCCAGUCCCAACUCCAUGUCCAGGGGGCCAAAGCCCCCCAUCGCCCCCAAGCCCAAGCUGGCCACCCCCAGCGAGUGCAGAGCCAGCAUCUAUGUAAACAACAGCCUCCAUAAGUGUGGCAACGGGAGGCUGCUGUGUGUGGACAGGGAGCUGCACGGAGGGCAGCGGUCUGCCCUGGAGUACUCCGAGUCGGAGACAGAUGAGGAGUACAUCGUGGUCCCCAGGGAGCCGCCCAGAGAAGAUGCACCCACAGAUGGGGACGGUGCAGAGAACGUGGCUUUGGUGCUCCAGGAUACCACUGAGGAGGAGCAGCGUGAGGAGGGAGGCCAAGAGAGUGGUGCAGAGGAGAUGGGAGCUGAUGGUGACCCAAGAUCCCCAGCUGCCUCAGCUGGAGAGGCAGUGGGCACAGAGGAGGAGGAUGGCACCAGUCACACUCCUGAACUCGAGGAAGACUGCAUUAACCAUGCCGGAACAGAGGAGCGGGUGUCUACAAGUGAGGAAGAGGAGGAGCUGGUGAAAGAACACAACGUGUACAACUUGGAGGACAGAGAGGAGGCCUUUCAGAGUGAUGUCAUCCUAACUCACAUCGACUCAGAGGCUCCCGAAGCCCCCUGUCAGGAGCCAGCGUCCCCUGAGAAUCCCAGAGAGGAAGAGGAGGAGGAGAAGGACGGUGAGGAAGGCUGUAUGGACACAGAGCCUGGGGAACCUGACGGGCCCACCCAGGACAUGGAACAUGAUGUGGAAGAGGCCAGCAAGGAACCCACUGAUAAUGAGGAGCUGCUCACUGGUGCCCAGGAACCAGAAACAGCCACAGCUAACCUUGAAAUCUCCAAGGAGGACCGUGAGGAUGCUACAGACAGUGGGGACCAGGUUGACCAGGAGGAACCAGCUGACCACAGUGAGGAUACAGACCAAGGAAAUGUGGCAGCAGCCACUCAGGAGAUGAGAGACCCUCGAGGAGGUGAAGGCCCCAUGCAGGAUGACUCCACUGAGGAGGGCUUCCAAAUCAUCCCCUUUGAGAGUGACAGUAUGGAGGACUUUGUGACUUCGUUCACGGGAAGUCCCUACGAGUUCUUCCCCACUGAGAGCACCUCUUUUUGUAGUGAGAGCUAUUCUCUUUCUGAGUUGGCAAAAGGCUUAGACUCAGAGCAGUUGUCCACCCCUGGGGUCUGUACGGAGGAGAUCCCAGACACUGGACCUUCACGUGGCCAGCACGAUGCUCUGCAGGGUGGAGCUGGGGAGGAAUCCUCUGUGGUCAUGCUGGAGGACACUGCAGAUGACUCGCUGAGCAACCCCUACGUGAUAGGGGUUGACCUUAUGUGCCAGGCUGCCCCUGGAGAGGGAGGGGUGAGUGAGCCCCAGGCUGCAUCUGACGCCAUGAGCGUGUACGAUGUGAAAGGAGAAGAGGGUUCCGAUGCUGAGUGUGGCCUGCUCUCCGUGGACCGGAAGAACAUCGUCACAAGGACCCGGCCACACUCUGGGAAGGUGGCUGGCUACGUCCCAGAAACUGUCCCAGAAGAAACUGGACCAGAAGGUGGUUCGUCAGCUGUGGGCAUCGGAGCUGCCACCGAGGAGGUAAGAAAGACGGCAUCAUUAGAGGCAAAACCCCUAGAAGUCAGCCGGGCCCUGUCGGCAAAGCCCAGAGCCUUUUCUUUGUACCCUCGGUCAUUCUCUGUGGAAGGCCGAGAGAUCCCAGUGUCCGUGUACCGGGAGCCGGAGGGAGCUGGGGCGGAGGACCAGAGGAUCAAGAGGAAGGAGGACAACCUUUCUCUGCCCUGUGUGAUCGGCUCCUCUGGGAGCUUCUCCCAGAGGAACCACCUUCCGUCCAGCGGCACCUCGACCCCGUCCUCCAUGGUGGACAUCCCACCUCCUUUUGACCUGGCCUGCAUCACCAAAAAGCCCAUCACCAAGAGCAGCCCCUCACUCCUCAUCGAGAGCGACUCCCCAGACAAGGGCACCAAGAAGAAGAAGUCUUCCUUCAAGCGGUUCCUGGCACUGACAUUUAAAAAGAAGACAGAGAACAAGGUGCACGUGGACGUUAACAUGUCUUCCUCCAGGUCCUCGUCCGAGUCCAGCUACCACGGGCCGGCCAGGAUCUUGGAACUCGACCGGAGGAGCCUCAGUAACUCUCCCCAGCUCAAGACUCGGGCUGGGAAGCUCCGGGCCUGUGAAUCCCCAUCGUCCCUCAUCUUCUACAGAGAUGGCAAGAGGAAAGGUGUCCCCUUCAGCAGGACGGUGUCCAGGGUGGAGUCGUUCGAGGACCGCUCCAGGCCACCGUUCCUGCCCUUGCCGCUCACCAAGCCGCGGUCCAUUUCAUUCCCCAAUGCGGACACCUCAGACUAUGAGAACAUUCCGGCCAUGAGCUCGGACUAUGAAAACAUCCAGAUCCCACCGCGGAGGCCUGCGAGGGCCAGCACGUUCACCAAGCUGUUUGAAGAGCAGAGCAGAGCCCUGUCCACCGCCAACGAGAACGACGGCUAUGUGGACAUGAGCAGCUUCAGUGCCUUUGAGAGCAAGCAGCAGAGCGCAGACCAGGAAGCAGAGAGUGCCUACACAGAGCCCUACAAGGUCUGUUCCAUCUCGGCGGCCCCCAGAGAGGACCUCACAUCGGAUGAAGAGCAGGGAAGCUCCGAGGAGGAGGAUGGUGCUCUGAGAGAUCCCAGCCUCACCUCCAAGGUGGAGGGACAGUCCAGAGCCCUUGUCAUCGCACAGGAGCUGCUGUCUUCGGAGAAAGCAUUUGUGCAGACGCUGCAGCACUUAUGCCUGGAUUUCCAUGGAGCUGUCAUGAGGGCCUUGGAUGACAUGGACCAAGAGGGCAGAGACCUGCUGGCCCGGGAGGAGCUGCAAAGGGGCCUGAGCGAGCUCCCGGCCAUCCACGACCUUCACCGGGGCAUCCUGGAGGAGCUGGAGCAGAGGCUGUCGGACUGGGAGAGCCAGCAGAAGGUGGCUGACAUCUUCCUGGCCCGGGAACAGGAGUUUGAGCAUCACUCCGCACACAUCCUGCAGUUCGACAGGAACCUGGGGCUGCUCGCUGAGAGCUGUCUCCGCUGUCCCCAGCUGGCAGCUGCUGUCCGGGAAUUCGAGCUGGGUCCCUUGGUCCUCAGAGACUCUACUCAGAGUCAGCCCGGAGGCAGCUGGAGCGUGAAGCAUCGGCUGUUGCGUGUGGUUCAACGUCUCUUCCAGUACCAAGUGCUGCUCACAGACUAUUUAAACAACCUUAGCCCGGACUCAGCAGAGUACGAUAGCACGCAGGGUGUGCUGACCCUCAUCUCCAAAGUCACAGACCGUGCCAAUGACAGUAUGGAGCAAGGGGAAAACCUGCAGAAGCUGGUGCACAUUGAGCACAGCGUUCAGGGCCAAGGGGACCUCCUCCAGCCAGGAAGGGAGUUCCUGAAGGAAGGGACGCUGAUGAAAGUGAGGGGGAAAAACAGACACCCUCGGCACCUAUUUUUGAUGAGCGAUGUGCUUCUGUACACGUAUCCCCAGAAGGACGGGAAGUACCGGCUGAAGAGCUCACUGCCAGUGGCCAGCAUGAAGGUCAGCCGCCCUGUGAUGGAGAGAGUACCCUACGCUCUGAAGGUCGAGACUCCUGAGACCUGCCUGAUGCUCUCUGCAAGCUCUUGCGCAGAGAGAGACGAGUGGCAUGGCUGUCUGAGCAGAGCUGUCCCCGAGGACUACAAGACCCAGGCUCUGGCAGCGUUCCACCACGGUGUGGAGAUUCGCGAGAGGCUAGGGGUCAGCCUAGGGGAGAGGCCCCCAACCCUGGUGCCCGUCACACAUGUCAUGAUGUGCAUGAACUGUGGCUGUGACUUUUCGCUCACCCUGAGGCGCCAUCACUGCCAUGCCUGUGGCAAGAUCGUGUGCCGGAACUGUUCUCGCAACAAGUACCCACUGAAGUACCUCAAGGACCGGAUGGCCAAGGUGUGUGAUGGCUGCUUUGGGGAGCUGAAGAAGCGGGGAGGGGCCAUCUCCGGCCCCAUGAGAGAGCGCCCCGUGAGCAUGAGCUUCCCCCUGUCCUCGCCCCGCUUCUCCUCCGUCUUCCUCAGCAUCAGCCCCGCCACCUUCAAGAAGCAGAAGAAGGUCUCUUCCGCCCUGACAGAGGUGGCCGCCUCUGGAGAGGGCUCUACCAUCAGUGGCUAUCUGAGCCGAUGUAAGAAGGGCAAGCGGCCCUGGAAGAAGCUCUGGUUUGUCAUCAAGGGCAAAGUGCUCUACACCUACUCGGCCAGCGAGGACAAAGUGGCCUUGGAGAGUAUUCCUUUGCUGGGUUUCACCAUUGCCCCAGAAAAGGAGGGAAGUGGCGAAGUAGGACCUGUUUUUCACCUUUACCACAAGAAAACUCUAUUUUAUAGCUUCAAAGCAGAAGAUGCCAGUUCAGCUCAGAGGUACCAGAAAAAAAUUGAUCUUCAAUCUCCUUGUCUGUCUCACAGAGAGUUCCUGGGAUGGUACCCAGGGCUUUGGCACCUGCUCUCCUUGGGCCAUCCCAUCCCAUCCCAUCCCAUCCCAUCCCAUCAGUCCCCAGGGCCAUCUCAGGGCCAGGCAGUGUCAGUCUGUAGACUAUUAGGGUUUACUCAUAUAGGUGUGCACUGAUGCUGUAAACUGUCAUGCUGUGUUCCAGGCCAUUUGCUAACUAUGAAGAACCUGUUUGAGAGGCAGAUAUGAAUAUGACAUAGUUCUUGACUCCAGUGUGGUAGAAAUCUAGUUUAGUCACUUAUUGUUUCUGUGACCAGAGUCCCAGGCGGAGCCAUGACACCAAAUGCUCUGUCUUGUUUCCCAGGUGGAUGGAGGCCAUGGAAGAUGCGAGUGUGUUAUAGCAGUCAUCAAACACGUGGACUCAGGACGAACUCUUAGGUUGAUUUGUGAACCCUUCCAGAAGCUACUCUGUCUCAGCUCCUCUGGAUGCACAUCUGGGUUCAGCAGGGGGCUUGGUCUUUUGGCAGUUACCCCCCUCACACCUUCAUAAGUGGAGCCCUAAAGGAAUAUUUAUAGACCAGACUUUUCUGCCUUCAUGUCUCCCAGCCCAGUCAUAAAUGACUUCCUUAUCUGGCAGUGAGUUAAGUAACUUGAAGAUGUGGAAAUCAGUAGAAAAAGUACACUUAGGAAUAGGCUUUUUAGUAGAAACAAGCUUUUCCCGUUUUACUCAUGGUAAACAUUACCACCUCCCAUCAUGUCCAUUUGGGGCCUCGGGUGAAAUGAGAACCCCCUCUAAGAACGCCCAUUCCCGUCGAAAGCACUUUAUUGUUUCACUGAGCUGCGUCCUCCAGUGUCUUCCAAGUGAUGUACUGAAGUCCACAGCAGGCGGAAUCCUGUGAACUCUCUUGUCACAAGUCCUCUGAUGAGGGAUUGGCACUGCUGCCAGGACUGCUUUCCACUGGCUAGGGAGGGAAGGAGGGGCUUUCUUCCUACCCACCCAUCCUACCGACCUACCGACCUGCAUCCUGCCAUAACUUAUUAAAUAAAGGAACAGCUCCCUCCUUCCCACGAAGUCAACACCACACCAGGGCUGCAAAUGCAGCUGCUGGCAGAUCCAGCCCCAGAGGUCAGCACAGGUCCUUGGAAGACAGUGUCUGCUUUAAUUUAUUGUGUGCCUUCCUGUGUCCACCCUUUGCAAGCUGACAAGGAGCCUGUCCUCCCUGAAGACACACAGAAUUCUUGGGCAAGAUCACAAAAGCCUUUUCACUUUUUGAAAGAGAUGGAAAAGACAGAUGGAGGUGUCUUCAGAAGGCGGUCUCAGCAGAUGGCUCCUGACGUGGCGAGGAAGCAUGAGGCGGAAGCUGGAAGACGCUGUCCACAUACCUGGGUGUGGUGAUGCUGCCACUGUGCUGGGUGCUUUUACAUAAGGCCAAGGGCGAGGGGCAGGAUUCCUUGUUUCUGUCAUUGCAAUUAAAAAGUGCUAUCAUUUCCUGAUUUCCUGCCCUCAGUUUUCCUGCUACCCUGCCUCUGUGGAAAGCCAUUGGUGACAACUUCUUGUAAAAAGCCCCAUCUCAAGGACGUAUUUACAUUAAAUAUUUCAGGGAAAAGUUGUUUUUUUUUCUAGUCUGCAGUUUUUUUUUAAAAUGUUUGCAUUAAACAUGUAACUAACUAAUGAUUCAAACCAGGUGACUAGAUAGGUCUUCUGGUUUGUUUUUGAGGGUUUAAUUUCAGCAGAACCAUGCUAUCAGACAAGUAAGUGUACCUGGGCGCCUCCUAGACUUGUUCAGCCUUUAAAAAGCAGAGCAAGA